CUUUUGGACGGAUCCGAUUCUCGAAUCGACUGAAAUAUUGGGGACAAGAAAGCGUUGUAUGUGAAAGUUCAAAUACAACUUCGUAUGUUUGAACAUCUCUUUUUCCCGGCAAAAGCCCAGCUUCAAAAUCAAACCCUUCCUCUUUCUUGCCUCCCUUAAAUGUCCCUCCCAACACACAAAUGGAACAAAAACAACCCACUCUUUCCCAAUCUGCCCCUCCAUUUUCCAAAAAUCCCUUCCAACUCCUCCCAGAUCCCUGUCGUCCUCUCUCUCUAUAUAACCUCAGGCCUCCUCCUCCAUUCCCUCUCCAAUCUCUUCUCCUACAAUUCGAUCAUCCGUUCCCUCGCCGCGGGCCCCACUCCUCAUCUCUCCAUCUCCCUUUACAAUCACAUGCGUCGAAAUUCUGUCUCACCUGAUAACUAUACCUUCCCCUUCGUCCUCAAAUCCUGCGCUCGCCUCUUGUUCUACCAAAAGGGGCGAGAAUUGCAUGCGGUGAGCCUAAAAUUAGGGUUUGAAUAUGAUGUUUUUGUCCAGAAUUCGCUUAUUUAUAUGUACUCCAUUUGUGGUGAAAUUGAAACGGCUUGCCGGGUGUUUGAUUUUAUGCCAAUUUGGGUCCGGGACGUGGUUUCUUGGAAUAGUCUGAUUUCAGGAUAUGUGCAAAGGGGACAUUGUGGUAACGCGUUGGAUGUGUUCGUGAAAAUGUUAGGGGUGGUGGAGGGGUUUGUUAGGCCGAAUGAAGUGACUGCAGUCAGUGUUUUGGCUGCGUGCUCACGGGUUGGGGGGAUUGAGUUGGGUCGAAGGAUUCAUGCGUUUGUUGUGGGAAGUGGGUUUCUUUUGGAUGUUUUCUUAGGCUCGUCUUUGAUUGAUAUGUAUGUGAAAUGUGGGCAUGUAGAUGAUGCAAGAUUGGUGUUUGAUGGAAUGCCUGAGAGGAAUGUGGUGUGCUGGACUUCGAUGAUUUCAGGUUAUGCACAGUCGGGGAGGUUUAGAGAGGCAAUUGAAUUGUUUAGAGUGAUGCUGGUUGUGGGUGUUGAGGUGGAUGGAGCAACGGUUGCUUGUGUUGCUUCUGCAUGUGCACAUUUGGGUGCGUUGGAUCAUGGGAGAUGGGUUCAUGCUUAUUGUGACAGAAAUGGAGUUGAAAUGAAUGUUACAGUGAAGAAUGCAUUGAUUGAUAUGUACUCAAAGUGUGGAGAUAUUGGGGAGGCUCGUCGAAUUUUUGAUCGGUUGUUUCGGCGAGACGUGUUCUCAUGGACUGUGAUGAUUUCCGGGCUUGCAAUGAAUGGGAUGUCUGAUGAAGCAUUGGAUUUGUUCUCACAGAUGCGGUUGUUGGGUGAUGUCAGACCGAACGAGGUCACAUUUCUUGGUGUUUUAUCGGCUUGUAGUCAUGGGGGGUUGGUGGAUGAGGGAUAUCACCACUUCAAUUGUAUGAAAAAGAUCUACAAUCUCACACCUCAAAUUGAGCACUACGGUUGUGUGGUUGAUCUUCUUGGUCGUGCUAACCUUUUGGUUGAGGCUGAGAAUUUUAUCAAGAACAUGCCUAUUGAACCUGAUGCAGUUAUAUGGCGGUCACUGCUUUUUGCUUGUAGGAGUAACAGGAAUAUUGAACUGGCGGAAUUUGCUGUGAAACAUAUUCUGGAAUUGGAGCCUGGAAGAUGUGGUGUGCAUGUUCUAUUGUCGAAUAUUUAUGCUGCGUCUUUGAGGUGGAAUGAUGUGAAAAGGGUUAGAAAAGGUAUGAAUAAUCAUGGGAUUCGAAAGCAACCAGGAUGCACCUUCAUAGAAAUAAAUGGUAUCGUACACGAAUUUUUUGUUGCUGACAGAUCCCACCCUCAAACUGAAAUAAUAUACGAUAUGAUCUGGGAGAUGAAUAAACUUUUAAGAUCUGAAGGGUAUGUCCCAGAUACUUCAUACUAGUCUUCCACAUCAAGCAAAUUGAACUGUAUUAUAUGUUAAGGUUUCUUCUGAUGAAAUCGUAGGCAUAGUUGAUAACUAUCUUCUUGAAAAUGGAGGAUUUUUGUUCUGCCACCACUUCAGUUUCACCUAAGAGAUAUACCACUCCAUGGUCCAGUGCUUUCUGAAUGAACUGCAUCUCUUCUUCAGCUCCUAAGAUUGGCCCGCUGAUAAUUCGGCCAGAAGAGUUCGUUGAUCGAGUAAUGAUGCCUGCAUGGAUGGAUCCUGAGGAAAGACGGGCUGUAUUUAGCUGUUGCAGCGUUUCCUCAGUGUGCACGAUGGCCGAUCCCAAUUUCCAUGGCUUGACAUCUUUUGUUUCAAGAAUGUAGCCUGUGGCAUUAGCUGCCUCAGCCUGGGCUGUUGUUGUUUGUUCAAGAGGAGCACUUUCUAGGAAGAAUUGUUCCUGACGGACAAAUUCUUUCAAGUGUUCGACCAGCUGGCGCUCAAACUCCUCAGAUUUGUCCAUAAUGUCAUUAUAUCCAUAGCGCACCACACAGCGGAACAUCCUGUACUCUCUUGGCUCAACCUGCCGGAAGAGGAAGCGCUCCUCCACUGCCACUUUACUGAUAGGAAUGGACUUUAUCGAAAUAAACACUAGAACUGAAUGGAUGGAUGGAAUGCUUGCAAUGAAGUGGGGGAAUAUGGGUGGGAUGCCCUGCACAAGCUCUGAGUAUAGAAAUCCAAUUCCAGGCACCCUACUUAGAUUUCGGUUCAUGCCCAAAUCUCUUAUGUAAUCACUAGAAACCUUGUUUUUAAGCUCAAACAUGUAUCUUUUCUUGUGAACGUAAUGCCACAAGCUCAUUAUCAUCAUCAAGAUAAAUGAAAAGGCCAGCGGAAGGUAUCCACCUUGU